GGGAAAGGCCUCAGCAUAAAUACGAGGGGGAUCUUCAGGGCUAUAAAGUAUAGAUAGGUUCCCCUAGCCCAGAAAAGAUGAGUUCUUCACUCUUGGAGCGGCUCCAUGCCAAGUACAGCCAGAACAGGCCCUGGCCAGAGACCAUUAAGAUGGUACGGCAGAUCAUGGAGAAAAGGACUGGAAUGAUAUCUGGUGGUCACCAGCACCUUGUGAGCUGCUUAGAAACCCUACAGAAGGCUCUGAAAGUGUCUUCACUAUCUGCUAUGACUGAUCGUCUAGAAUCUAUAGCAAGACAAAAUGGCCUGGGGUCCCACUUGAGUCCAAAUGGCACUGAAUGUUACAUCAGCUCAGACAUGUUUUAUUUGGAGGUUCAUUUGGAUCCAGAAGGUCAACUGCGUGAUGUUACAGUCGCCCACCAUGGAGAGAAUCCUGUGAGCUGCCCGGAGCUGGUUCAGCAGUUAAGGGAAAAGAACUUUGAGGAUUUCUCACAACACCUGAAAGGUUUAGUGAACCUGUACAAGGUGCCAGGGGAUAACAAACUAAAGACUAAAAUGUACUUGGCUCUUCAGUCCUUAGAAAUGGAUCUUACAAAAAUGGCUGCCAUGUACUGGCAAGCCACUAAUGCUAGUGUGCUGGACAAAAUACUACAAGGCACAGUCGGACUAGUGACACCAAGAAGUGGAGGGCACUUGAUGAGCUUGAAGUAUUUCCUGACUCCAUAUGAUUUGUUCGAUGAUGUAACGGGGGCAACAAUAACAUUGAAUGAAGGACAAGCUGUUCCUCGUUCCCUUGGUCUAAAUGUAUCUGUCACCAUUGAAGCCACUUCUUCCAUGUACAAGUUACCCAUCGCACCACUGAUUAUGGGUUCUCAUGCCAUUGAUAACAAAGGGACUCCAUCUUUCUCACCCAUCACUAAUACAAACAGCGUGGACCUCCCUGCUUGCUUCUUUCUCAAGUUUCCACAGCCGAUUCCUGUGUCUAAAGCCUUCAUCCAAAAAAUUCAGAAAUGCACAGGUAUCCCUUUGUUUGAAACCACCCCAACAUUCCAGCCUCACUAUGAACUGGUUACACAGUUUGAGUUGGCCAAGGAGAAGGAACCAGGACAGCUAGAUCAUAAUAUGCGAUUUUAUGCGUCACUCCCAGGUCAGCAGCACUGCUAUUUUCUGAAUAAAGAUGCUCCACUACCUGAUGGUAGAAGCCUGCAGGGUACAAUGCUAAGUAAAAUCCCAUUCCAAUACCCGGGCCGUGUUCCCAUCAUCUUAAAUCUGAUCCGUCAUCAGGUAGCCUGUAACACUCUAAUUGGGAGCUGUGUUAAACGCACUGUAUUAAAAGAUGACUGCCCAGGGAUUCUCCAGUUUGAGGUUUCACCCCUGUCUGACUCAUGCAUAAGUAUCUCCUUCCAGCAUCCAGUCAAUGACUCCCUGGUGUGUGUUGUUAUGGAUGUACAGGAUUCCACUCACGUGUCUUGUAAACUGUACAAGGGUUUAUCAGAUGCACUCAUCUGUACAGAUGACUUUAUCACCAAAGUAGUUCAGAGAUGCAUGUCCAUCCCAGUUACCAUGCGUGCAAUCCGCAGAAAGGCAGAAACAAUCCAGGCUGACACACCAGCUCUGCCUUUCAUUGCAGGGGCUGUGGAAGACAUGGUGAAGAAGAACUUGCCCCCUGCUAGCAGUCCUGGUUAUGGAAUGACCUCUGGAUCCAACAACUUGAGUGGAAUGACAACUCCAACCAGUUCCUUUCCCACAGGACCUAUCACCACCCUGUUCAGCAUGGGUAUAAAAGAACGGCAUGAUUCAACAGGCCAUGGAGAAGACUUUAGCAAAGUGACACAGAACCCAAUCCUCACCAGCCUACUGCAAAUCACUGGAAAUGUUGGGGGGAAUUUGGGGUCUAGCCCAACUCCUCCUCACCACACACCUCCACCUGCCUCUUCCCCAGCUAGUAACACAAAGAACCACCCCAUGCUUAUGAACCUUCUGAAAGACAAUCCAGCUCAAGAUUUUUCCACUCUCUAUGGUAGCAGCCCCUUGGAGAGGCAGAAUUCAUCUGGGUCACCACGAACUGAUCUUGGUAACUCCACAGCUGGGAAGCCAAAGAAAAAGAGGCCUAGAACAGGAACAGAGAAGUCAAAAAACCAGGCAGAGGAUGACUUCCAAAGAGAGCUUUUCUCCAUGGAUGUGGACUCACAGAACCCAAUAUUUGAUGUGUCAAUGGCUGGUGAUGCUCUGGAUACACCUCACAUCACACCAGCUCCAAGCCAAUGUGGCACACCACCAACUGUUUACCAGCAGCCCAUGUCUCAUAACCAGUCUGGAUUGCAAAGGAUAAGGUUACCUAGCACAGAUGCUAUUAUUCCAGAUGUCACAGAUAUACUUUCUGAUAUACCAGAAGAAACAUCCAAGCUUCCAGGGAGUGGGGAUGACUGUCCAAAUCUGGGUACACCUGUUAGGGACUCGUCCAGCUCAGGACAUUCCCAAAGUACUCUAUUUGACCCUGAUGUUUUCCAAGUGGAUAGUGCAGGAGGUGGAGACAGCACAUUCCAGGAUGCAGCUGAUCUUAUUGCUGAGGCAAGUGGAAGUCCUAACAGUGACUCAUCUAAUAACUUCUUUCACGGUGUAGAUUUCAACCCAGAUUUAUUGAACAGUCAGAGCCAAAGUGGCUUUAUAGAUGAAUUCAAUGAUGACAGCAGCCAUAGUGGGGAUCAUGACCAUGACUUUAAGGACUUUCAAGGGCAAGGGUUAGCUGCCCUUGGGGUUGUAGCUGGUUUCCCAGUAGAUAGUGGUGACGGAAAAUAUAAAGUUAGUUUGGGAGCAGACACAGUUGACUUCAGUAUUAUUGCUGGUGGAGGAGGUAAAGCUCUUGGUGGAGGAGAUGUCUUAGAAGCACACAGCAGAAGCCAAAGUCCACUUCUGGUUAGUGAGUUGGGAAAGGAUAGACCUCAGAAACAGAGGGUGAAGGAUGGUAACAAUGGUGGAGGUGGAGCAGGGACAACUGGGGGAAUGCAGGGUGCCGGGAUAGAAGGUAAAUCUGGAAAACGGAGUCGUACCCCAUCUAGUGAUGGUAAAAGCAAGGAUAAGCCACCAAAACGCAAAAAAGCAGAGUCUGAUGGCAAGUCACCCUCAUACCGACCAUUUACCCCACCCACCAGUAGUGGAGGUUCAAAAUCUCCAGGCACAUCAGGAAGGUCACAAACUCCUCCAGGAAUAGCCACCCCACCUAUCCCCAAAAUUACCAUCCAGAUCCCCAAGGGGACCAUGAGUGUAGGGAAGCCAUCUUCACACAGCCAGUAUAGCAGUGGCUCCGGUGGAUCAUCCAGUAGUAAAAGUCACCAUGGACAUUCCUCAUCAUUAUCUUCCAGCUCAGGCAAAAUAAAAAACAAGUCAGAAGGGUCAGGGCUAAAAAUGGGCAGUGGGGGAAGUGGCCUGUAUUCUGGACAGAGUGGGUCAAGUGGAAGUCAGUCCAAAAAUGUCUCUCAAACUCUGGGCAAGCAGGGAUCUUCCCCUAUCACAAAACAUGGACUUGGAAGUGGAGUAAGCGGCUCUGGGAGCAGUAAGACUAAACCUCAAGGGAAGCCAUCAGUACUUAUGAAUCCCUCUAUGAGCAAACCUAAUAUUUCUCCUUCACACUCCAGACCAUCUGGGAGUUCUGACAAACUAUCUUCCCCCAUGAAACCCAUGCCAGGGACUCCCCCCUCGAAAGCCAAGUCCCCCAUUGGUUCUGGGGGUACUCACAUGUCUGGUGGAGGGUCUGCCUCCACAAUGAAGACAUCCUCUGGACUAGUAUCGUCAGGCUCUCUCUCUCAAAAGCCAAAUUCAUCCUCUUCAUCAUCAUCCUCCUCCUCUUCAUCAUCUUCUUCCUCCUCAUCCUCAUCUUCCUCUUUUUCUGGUGGGUCAAAUGUCUCCCAGAAUCUACAUGGCAGUUCCAAGGGGAAAUCUCCAAGUAGAAAUAAAAAGCCCUCACUGACUGCAGUUAUAGAUAAGCUCAAGCAUGGAGUGGGCACUGGAGGAUCAGGUCCAGAAGAUGCCAUGGAUGGUGCAGGAGGGGGAGGUAGCACAGGGACUCCAGGACACAGUAUGCCUUCCAAGCAUGGUCUGAUAGGUGAAUUCCCAGCAAAACGUGAGAAGAGUGAAAAGGAAAAGUCAAAAGUGUCGGUAUCUGGGGGAGGGUCUGAUCCUUCAAAAAAAGGAGGAGGGGACCCCAAAGGUGCAGGGAGCACAGGUGUAGCUAAAAUCAUAAUUAGCAAGCAUGAAGGAGGGUCCCCCAGCAUUAAGGCCAAGGUUACCCUGCAGAAACCAGGAGAAGGAGGAGGGGAAGGACUAAGAUCACAAAUGCCUAAAGGCUACGGAUCACCACUUGUCAGUGGAUCGACACCAAAACAUGAGCGUUGUUCGCCAAGUCACAAUAAAUCUCCAGCAUACACACCCCAGGCUAUUGACAGUGAAAGUGAGUCUGGCUCCUCCUCCAUUGCAGAGAAAUCCUACCAAAACAGCCCCAGUUCAGAUGAUGGAGGGGGAAGCCGGGCAUUACCAGAAUACAGUUCUGAAAAACAUAAGAAGCAUAGAAAAGAGAAAAAGAGACUGAAAGACAAGGACAGGGAAAGAGAGAAGAAAAAGGCCUCUUAUAGUAUGAAGUCUGAGAGUUGGUCUAAAUCUCCCAUUUCCUCAGACUCCACAUUAGCCAUGGGUGGCAGCUCCCUAAUGACAUCAGAUAGAGCAAGUAGGCCCAAUGAAGGUUUUCUUUUGGGUGAAGAUGAUGACUUAAUGGAUGUUGCUCUUCUAGGCAACUAGCACAGCAGCAUGAGCUUUUAUUGUAUGAAGUAAUAUGUUGGUUAAUGAAAGUAUUUAUCUAUUUUUCAGUUCUUAAAAUUGUUUUAUUGAAAUGCUUUAAACAUUCUUUUUAAAACUUUUAACAAAGUAUACUAUCAUUUACAAAAAGCCCUAUAACGUUGUUUUUACAAUUUACAUAAUUCAAAGCAAUUUGAUCUUUUACACACAAAAUGUUUAACCUUGGAGAAGGUUAUUCCUCUGAUAAUAUAAUGUACAUUACCAUACCUACUUGUGCUGCCUGUUUCAAAUGGAUUAACAUAUUUAUGGUGACAAAUAUCAUUUACAUUUAAAUAUUUCCCACAAGCACACACUGUGUUUUAAGGACUCUUAUUUGUUCUGUAAAUAUUUUAUCUCCCUUUUCCUUUGUAUAUAUUUCCAACAUUUUUUUAUUUGGUGAUUUAAAGCUUUUUUCAAGACUUUAUAAAAUGUUUAGUACAAAAAUAAAAAUUUUGUUUAAAAAAAAUUGUUGAUUGAUGGAAUAGAGUCAGAUCCAAUUUUCCAAGAGCCAGGGUUAAAAUAUUUUAUUUUUCUUCUGUAACCUGAUUUCAUUAAAGGGACAGUGUGCUGUAAUUUUUUCUCCUCUUUUAA